CGUGAGUUACUGAGUUGUACCUGAGUCCUCAAAAAAAUUAUUGCUUACCUUAUCACGAUUGUUUUUUAAGUUUGGUUUUUAAUUUUCAAAAGGCAAUUGAUUUAAAAUUUGCCAUACAAUAUGCAUGUAUUCAGUAAAAAUUCAAAAUUGAGAACUUCUGAUAAAAAAAAGGAAAAUUGGAAAAUAAUAAUCCAACUUUUAAGCGGUCUUCUUAAAACAGUUCCAACUUUAAUUUAACUCAGAAUAAUCCAACCUUUUCCACCCUUCUUCUUAUAUUGGUCCAAGGUGACUGGCAACCUAUCAAAACGGUUGGAACUUGCUGAGUCAACAUAAUUGCCACCUAAAUUCGUCCUUUUGCAUUCCUCUAAAAAAAAAAUGCUAACCACCAUUUAUUCUUCUCUAAUGUACUCUAAAACUUCCUAAAGUAUUUGCUGCCAUUGUUGUACGGAUAUGAAGCUUGCCCAAAGAGGAACGACUACAGUACAGGUACAGCAGUGGUAAUGGAUUCUGUAACUUUGAAAUAUUGGCAUGGUGGGUUGUUUAAGAAACACAGAAAUGAGUUAGUAUAUUAUGGUGGGCUAGGAAAAACAUUUGAUGUAGAUCCUGAUGAACUUUGCUGGUGGGACUUGGUUGACCUUGCAAAAAAUAUUGGGAAUUAUAGUAAGAUUGAUACACUAUAUUACCUCAUUCCUGGGAUGUCACUUGAAAGUGGAUUGAGAAAGGUGUAUGAUGACAAAGAGGUGUUGGAGAUGACUGAGAUUGUUAAGAAGCAAAAAUAUAUUCAGGUGUAUGUAGUACAUGGUGUUGAUGAGCAAGAACCUAUUGACUCUGUAUUCGAAGUAGAAGGGCCACAAUCAUCAUCUAUAAUAUCUGUACCUCAAACUAAGCCCACCGAGAAGAUAGUUGAGAAUCCCAUUCAUAAGCCCACAAAAAAGCCCAAUAAUAACUCCAGACCUAAGAAAUUAACUCCCAUGAUAGGACUGAUAGGUCCUAUUUUGCACAUGUUUUAGGUGGGUAUCUAAGCUCAUUUGAUUACAAAAUUAGAGAUCUUUGGUGCAUAUUUGCAUUAUUUGCUUAAGUUGUGCUCUACUACUCUUCGUUUGUGUGUUUUGAUGAAUUUCAGGCGAUUAAUAUGCAAAUGGAGUAUGGUUGGCUAAUAUUGAGUAUAAUAAUCAUGGAGUAUGAAAACAUAUUGCUUAAGAAUAUCAAAUCAUGUGUUCGAGACGAACUUGAGU